CCCUUGGCCAUGAUUUUAUUUGAUAAGUAGGUCACCUGCAUCAUCAUCUUUUCGCAGUCUGCUGUUCUUCAAGUGCUUUCCUUUUCCAGUCGGUGAUAGUCAAGUGUUACUCUUCUCAUCUCAAAACCGACAUCAUCCACCUCACGCCUUCGAUCCUUCCAAUGCUCUACGAACUGGAGAGCAAUAUCUCAACGAUGUCCAUUACGAUCCCCGAACUACCCGAAGCCGGCAACAGCGAUGAUACAAGCCGUCGCAGCCCUCUCAAGCCCAUGGUUGUUGAAAUUCCUCAUCACGAGAGCGAUUGUUCGAUGUCGUUCUAUACAUCAUUCCUCAAAGCCCAAUCGGACACCAUCACAGAAUAUCUUUCCCUGCUAGAUCGUCAUGAAGACCUCUGCCCUCCAGCUGCUCAGCACUCUAGCACUACUUCUAGCGACCGUCUGGGCGGAGCCGAGCGAUGACCUGCGGAACCUGACCAACUCAUGCCUAAACGUGGCCGAUUCAUUGACCUUAUCCCUGAACGACACUUCAGCCAAGAACACCUCGGAUCUAGUGCAAUAUGUCAUGUAUGAGGUGGGCGCCUCUAUGGCCAAUCUAGGCUGCGACACCUCAACUCAACAUGUGCCACGCAUGAACAUCACGAACACCACGUCUGUUGCAGAAUUCGACGACACUUAUCUCGAUUACGCAGCUAGCCUGGGUGAACUCUCCCACGCCGUCAUCGCCCGUGGACGCAUCUUCCAUCAAGAAAUGAAUCUGCCUGUCGUGGUCGCACUCCAGGGUCUCGCUUCUGCGGUCUACUACUACGGUCGAUGCUUACGCAAUGGCAAUUUCAUCUCCCAAGGUGCCACGAUCCGCACUUGGACUGCCGGCAGCGACAUCGUUGAAGCACAGACUGCCUGGGACAAGAAUUUGAACUAUCCGGGUCGCCGACGCCGUGCCCGGCGAGCCAACGACCGGAAGUGAUCUUUGCCGCGGAAUGCAUUCCUAAGUAUCCUUCCCUUGGCCUUUGGGAACAAGACUGUCAAGCUAUCUGAGUGUCGACGUAGCGCAGCGGAGACUGGAGCCAUGAAUCGAC